AUGAAUCCCGCCCAGUUUCCCAACCCUGGCGGGGGCAUGCCCGGGGUCGUCAAACCGAAUAUGCCGCCGCAACAAAACAAGGAGGGCGCCCAACUCAUCAUGGGCCAUGUUGCUCAGAUCCUCGCGAACCAGGGCCCGUUUGGUGGAUGGAAGGCCGAUGUGCCCAUCAAGACUCGAGCCAUGAAUGUUUACCAGAUGUACGUUGUCAUCCCCCCCCACGAACCAUGGAAACUCCGAGGCACUACCUGCACCUUUAUCCUUUGUUUCCUCGUCCUCGCUGACCUUCUUUUUUUCCCCUUUGGUCUCAGGAUCACCUCACUUCGUCUGAUUCAACCCCGAAUCGAUCUAAAUCAGGCAGCCCACGCGGCUGUCAGUUUCGAACAGAAAGCCUUUCAGAAGGCGACCGAGAAGAGUGAUUACGAAAAAGAAUGUAACGAGAAGCUCCUACACAUCAAAGACACCCGACAGAGACAAGCCGCGGUCGCUAUUCAAGGUGGUAUGAUGGCGGGCGGUAUGCAGAACCAAAUGCAAGGUGGAUUCCCUCCUCAGAUGGGUCGAGGCAUGCAGACUUCUCCCGUCCCUGGUCAGCCUCAAAUGGCGAUGGGCAUGGGAAUGAACGACCCAAACCAACAAGUCUUAAUGCAACAACGCCAGCAGCAGCAGUCUGCGAUGCUCCAGCAACAACAAGCUCAACGGGCGCAGCAGCCACGAAAAAACAUGGAUCCGAUGACAUACUUUUUCCGUUCUCAGGCGCUUACCCAACUUCGACGCCACAAGCGUGCGAAGGAGCUGGGCCGCGCGCCGAACGCCGGCAUGGAUCCGAACAGUGCUAUGAUGGGGGAUCCUGCGAUGAUGAAUCAACAACAACGACAGAUGUUCCAAAACAUGAUGAACCUCCAGCGAAACAAUGGGUUCUCGGGGAGCCCCAACCAAGGGCUCGAUCCCAACAACGCCUUUAUUGGCAAUGUGGAAAACAUACAGGGCCAACAGGCCGAUGGUCUGCGUUCACAAGAGGCUGGUCAACUUGUGGUGCCCGCCAGCUCAUCGCAGAUGAAUCAGGCGGCGUUCCCCAAUAAUCAGAACAUGUUCUCGCAGCAGCAACAGCAGCAGCAGCAGCAGCAGCAGCAAAUGGGACAAAAUGGCCAGGCGAACAUGAAUGGGGCGGGCGUCGAUCCCCAGAUGUUCAACCCACAGCACAUGCAACAAACGGCCUCGAAUGGACCCCAAGGACGGAUGCAAUUCCCAAAUCAACAGGCCCAGGCUCAGGCCCAGGCCCAGGCCCAGGCCCAAGCUCGAGCUCAAGCCGCGCAGAAGGCUCAGAUGGCGAUGUCUGGCCAAAAUGCUCAGGCGCAGUCUCACCUUGGCCAAGGGAGCCCGGGCAUGAACAUGCUGAACCAACCGAUGGCCCCUGGUCAAAUGUCCCCAGUUCAAAUGCCUGCCCAGUCCCGGCCGGCGUCGCGACCUCCCAACAUGGGCCAGCAUCCCGGUGGUGUUCAGGGUGGCGGUCCUCAGCCUGCGAUGCAGGGUCGACCACAGAUCCCUGCCAAUCUUCCACAGGCGGUACAGGAACAACUGAACGCGAUGUCUAACGAGCAACUCCACGCCUUUCUGUUGAACCAGCGUCGCGCAGCUCUGGCAAACAACAUGCAACGAGCAAACAACCCCGGUCAACAACCUGGUAAUCUUCAGCAAAAAGUGACACAACCCGGUCAGGUCCCGGGGAUGUUCAACGGUCAGAUGGGGAAUAAUCCUCGCAUGAGAAACUCGAUUAGCAUGCAGCAGGGAAUGAACGCCGGGGGUCCACAGCAAAUUCCAGGCGGCCAGCAGUUGACACCCCAACAGCAGCAACACAUGCAACGAGCUCAACAGAAUGAGAUGACCCGACUUCAGAUGCUCCGACAACAGAACAAUGGCAUGGAGAUGACCCCAGAGCAAACUACACAAAUGGAUCAGGCGACUUUCCCGCAGUCCCUUCUCACCAACAAUUCGCAAGUUCCGAAGAACAUCAAAACCUGGGGCCAGCUAAAGCAAUGGGUUUCUUCAAACUCACAAGCCUCGACUGGAAUUGACCCAAACAAGCUUUUGACACUUCAGAAGCUCCACUUUGCCCAGAUUCUCAGUGUCCAAGCAAAGGACCCUAACAGACAAAACCAAGGCCAGGGAAUCAUGAAAAAUCCAUUCCAACAAGCAUCCCAGGGUCAAGUGCAGAAUGCACAGAACCUUCAACCCGGACAACCUGGGCAGCCAGGCAACAUGCCGCCCAUGCGGCCUAUCACCGCCCAGGAUAUCCACUUGGCUCGCCAAAAGCUGGGACCUCAGUCGCAGUCGUAUACCGAUGAUCAAAUCCGGGAUAUCCUCCGAAACCGACAGAGACAAAUCCUAAUUCAGACCGCGCAUCAGCGAGCCCAGGCUCAACAGUUGAGCGCAAACGCAAAUAUGGCAUCUGGGCAGAAUCAACCGAUUGCCCAGCCCCAGAUUCCUCAACCCCAGAACAACCAACAGGUCAAACAACCUCCCAUGUCCCAACCGCAGGUAUCUACGGCCGAAACGCCAGCGGCGACUGCGAAGCCUCCGACUGGAGCUGCUGCUGGAAAGGGUGGGAAGGGAGCUGCUGCUAAGCAGAACUCGAAGAAACGCCCAAGCACCGAUGAUAGUGGAGCUGCUGCAGCUGCUGCUGCGGCGGCCGCAACAGCCGCUGCUCAACAAGCACAGCCCGCUGCUCCUCCUGCUAACGCCCAAAGGCCAAGUGCCCCGUUCUCACAAGAACAGUUCGCUGCUAUGAGUCCUCAGCAGCGAUUGCAAAGGAAGCUUGGAACAACCACCUCCCCCCCCAAGAUCAUGGAGGCUUACAACGAAAUUUCCAAGAAUGCUCCGACUGUAAAGCCUGUCUCUGUUUCUCCAGACCAAAAGGCUAUUAUGACCCAGCAACUUCAGGACUCGUUGGACGUAUUGGGCCGCCUGGAUGUCUUGGUUCUGCAUGGCUUCGGUAAGAUGCAGGGUCAAGAGAGAAAUGUUAAGAACCUUCUCGCCAUGCGCAUCCAGUUGAUGCGCCAGUUCAAGCCGUCACAGGAGUGGAUCGUCAACGACCAGUUUACUAUAACCCCUGAUUACUUGACUGGUGCCAUCCUCUUCAUUCGCAAGCUUUUCCAGGUCAUGAUUGUUCGUAUGAACCAAGCUCGACCUAACGGCAACCAAGCUGGUGCUGCGGUCGCCGCCGGGAACCAGGUCAAUCCAGGCAGCACACCCCAACUGAAUGCAUCCAACCUUCAGCAGUUGCAGGCGCAGCAAGAAGAAGCCAGUCGUACUCGUCGUCCCUCCGAACAAUCUGCGACACACCCUGCCGCUCCAUUCGGAGCACCAUCACCUUCCGGGGUUCCUCAUGCCUAUGGACCUGGGGGUCUUGUGCCCGAGAAGCUCAAGCUACCCCCUCCCAAAAAGCGCAAGCAGUCUCAUGCCGGUCCCACUGCUUCGCCUGUUCAGGCCGCUACCACUGCGCCGGCCGCAUCUGCCAAGUACAAGCAGGCUGUGGCUGAUGCCAAGACGACAGCUGCCGCUCUCGCUGGUGCUUUCAAAUGCAGUGUGGUUGAGUGUCAGCACCAUUUCCAAGGCUUCCCCAGCCAAGCCGCCCUUGAUAGCCAUGUUGAGAAGGACCAUCAACCAGAAGAAGAAGAGAACAUCGAAGACCCUCUUCAAUUCUAUCUCGAAAGCAUUUCAAUGGGUCUGGGCUUGGACGCGAGUGGUCAACCGAUCAAGCCGAACCACACUACGGGCCUUCCUCCAACCAUGACCCCCGUCAACAAACCAAGUGUUGCAUCGCCAGUCAAGCAUGGUCUUGCUACUCCCGUUACUGCUAGCACUACGCCUAUGGCUCGCGCCACCAGCCAACUCGGGGCUAAGGGUGCAUCACCAGCAACCCCAGCUCAACAGCUCACACCCCAUCAACCUGCCAAGACCAUCAAGCCUUCUCCUGGAAAAGAAGUUCAAAAGCACGCUCUCCAAGACGGCGAGGCCAAGGAUCCUUGGUCAGAAUGUCCAAUGUCUUUGGGUACUGUCCAUGACUCAUUCACUCCUGUUUUCUCGGAAUGCAGACGCCGUGGUCUUGGUUAUGACCCCUUCGACGAAUUCAUGAACACAGACAUGUUCACUCAGGAUCAAACCGAGGAUACCCCCGACUCAUGGGAUAUUGCUUUGGCAACUCUGACUCCUAAGGAUGAGGCAUCUAAGGGAGACGUCAAAGACGGUGUUGUCUGGAGCGACUGGGUGCCUUGGGAUGAAGAUACCACCCUGGCCACUGCUGACUGGAUGAACAUUCCUCCCGAAAUCAUGCUCAAGGAUGGCCCUGAUGUGAUUCCCGGUGUGCAGGUCGACUGGGAAAGUCUCGAGCGUCAACAGAAGGACGGAAAUAGCUUCGCUCCCCUUCCAAUUGCCCCUACCGCAUGA